AUCCUUUUCUCUUUUCUUCUUCUUCUUCCUUGGGACGACAGGUUUCCUCUCGUGGGACGCGACGGUGAGCGCAUCUUCGACGGAGCCUAAGGUAACACAGACAUAUAAACAUAGAGAUGAAGGGAAGUGUCGCCAGGGCCUUGUCAGAAGAGGCAAAGAUUGUAUUCGCCGAAGGCAUCGGUUUGCUUCUCAUCCGAUGGACUGCUCUCCAGGCUGCUGUGGAGAACGAGUGGGGUGGCCGCGAUUCUCGCCGGAAGGCAGAACUUAUCGUCUCCGAAAUCUUCACUUGGUUCACUCAGUCACCAGAGCCGCUUUACAUUGAUGAUUUAGAAAAUAUUCUUGAUGAAGGUAUGCUUUCUCUCAAUACCAUGGCAGAGGAUGGCAGUGUUGAAGAGGUGGCAGAGAAAUUAAUGAUCAUGCAUGAAGAAUGUUUGGAAGGUAAUUAUCAGUCUGUUGAAAAACUGAGGGCAACCAAUUCUCAGACAACAGCUUCUGCUAAUGUCAUAAAGGCUGCAAAUGAAAAUGAUGAAGAUGAUGAUGACGAUGAAGAGGAUGAUGAAAUUGCUGAUGAUAGAAUGGGGCAGAGCGAUACAACAAGCAUGAUGGUUGAUGCACCAACAAGCCAGUCAAACUCUAAUUCUGUAGCCAUGCCAGUUAACAAGCCAAGAUUGGAACAAGCUGCUGAAGCUGGAGAUGGUUGGACGGUAGUUUCAUCCAGACGGAACCGGAGUAAAAAGAAUUAAAUUACGUUUGUCACUCAUUGCCAUGGGUCGAUCAGAUUCUGUACAUGACUCGCCUCCUCCAUUCCAACUUAUUUCUCUUACAUGUGGGUUCUCGAGGCACAUAUAGGGGUGCAAAAUUAUAUUAUCUAUAAAGGUCUAUUAUGUUUACACAGUUUUGGUCUGGAAGAAAUUAUAUUGUACUACUUGGUAGCUGAAUUAUGAGGGUUGAGAAUCAUGUUUUACUUUUUGUAUUCUUGCCCAGUUUUGACAUUCCUGGACUAUUUUUCUGUGGAAGCAAAUUCUACAGGUGUUGGUCAAUGUUGAAAUGAAUUUUGAUCUCUAACAA